CUAGAAGAAUAUCUCAACAUUCCUGUUAGAGCCUGUUGUACAAUAGGUCUGUUUAUGUUGCAUUUACACUGUUUGUACACUCAGCAUCUACGUUUUCUCUUUUUCCAACGCUUAAAUAUAUAUUUAUUUCGUUUCAAGUGCUAACAUUUUUGGGGAUGAGUUCAGGCAAUACAAACAAAUACGUCAUAUGCCGGUGCCACAAGCCACUAGCUCUAAGAAUUGAUCAAUCACAGCUGAGUAUUCUCAUCACAUUCGAUUGUGAUUGGUCAAUACAAAUUACGAUGCUGGCGUACUUGACGUAUUGUGUAAUAGGCAUAAGCGCUUACCACAUGAUGUAUCAAACGAUCUAAAAACAGUAGCUAGUUAAGAAUAUUAUGGUGCUUUGUUGCUUAUUAUUGAAUCAUAAAUAUUAUAUUUAAAUUGGUUCCGAUUCAAAAAUGCCCAGAAAUAAAUAUAAAAAUUAUUAUUGUGCGAACUGUGAUGUAUCGACAAUACCACGGCAGACGUUAUUCUCUCGCUGCUAUCGAAAGAAACAAUUGUUUAUUGCCAAAUCAAUACAAGAAAAUCUGACAGCACAAUUUGCUUGCUCGAUAAACCAACAAAACAACAAUCAACAAAAUUUGCCAUCCACGUCCGUCUUACAUUUGUCUCAAAUGCGUAGUCCGUUAAGAGAUGAUGCAAAUAAAAGUGAUGUCGAGGACAAUAACAUAAGUGAUGAUAACUUAAUGACUAGCAAUGUGCCAUGUGAUGACAAGGAGGCAUUAUCGAAUAAUAAUACAAUACAAAACGAUCAGAUAUAUGAAGACGACUUGUCAAAUAUCCAAGAAUGGAACUGGAACGAUGUGGGAUAUAUUAACGAUUUUGAUGACGAGGCAGUUGAAAAUAUCACGCAUACUGGAACAAGUGAACCGGAAUACCAUGAUCCGAAUUUGAAUGACACUUUGUGUUCUUGUACCACUACUACACGAGGAGAAACCAUACUUAUAUGUAUGAGAAUGGCGAUGCGAUUCUGCCUUCCUUGGAACGCUGUUGUUUGCAUGUUACAAGCUAUAAAUAUUAUUUUUAAAAAAAAAAACCUUUUGCCUAAUAGUAAAUAUCAAUUACUACAGUACUUCCCUACGCAAUCACAUAAUUUUAAGUAUCAUGUUUAUUGUCCGAAUUGCAAGAAGUAUGCGGGUGAACGAUCACGUAUGGAAGAUUUUAUUUGCGAGUGCGGAAUUCACACUAAAAUUUCAGAAACAAAAUCUUUUUUUUUGGAACUAGAUUUAAAAAAUCAAUUACGAAACUUAUUACAACAGUCACACAUAAUAAAAGGCUUGGAGGAAGUAUUUAAUAGACGUAGAUACGACGAUGGCACUAUUAAUGAUAUAUUUGAUGGUAAUAUGUAUAAAAAGUGGGACUCGCCCAAUGGUUUACUAAAUGGCAGGUACAAUUUGUCGUAUACUUUUAAUACAGACGGAUGCACAACAGGAAAAUCAAGUACCUCAUCAGUUUGGCCAAUUUAUGUCAUGCUCAACGAAUUACCAAUUAACAUGCGUUCUAGAAACAUGAUUCUUGUAGGUUUAUGGGUUGACGAACAUAAACCUAAUAUGAAUAUAUUUUUGCAGCCAUUCGUUAACCAAGCGAAUGAAUUAUCUUUAAAAGGAAUUUCGUGGAAUUUAAGCGAUAACGUAACUAUAACCAGUUUGAUAAUUCCAUUACUUUGCUCCGUUGACUCAAUGGCAAGAUCAGCAAUGUUAAAUAUGAAACAGUGCAAUGGUAAAUAUGGAUGCACUUUCUGUGAACAUCCAACAGAAGGUGUUUCGGUGACUAAAGGCCGUGUCAGUCGUAUUUUACGAAAAUACACAGUCUCUACUAAUAUUCCACUUGAUAGAACAGAUGCAUCUAUAAAAAGGGAUAUGAUUAAAGCCUAUAACGCCAAAGAUAGAAAUGAUAUAAAUGGAAUAUGGGGACCUUCCUGUCUCAUGAAUUUAAAUUAUUUUGAUCUCGGAGAUGGAUUUGAUCCUGAGUACAUGCACUCUUGCCUUUUAGGUGUUCAACGGCAAUAUAUGGAUAUUUUAUUAAAUUCUUUCGGGAAAGAUUAUUAUAUAGGUUCGCCCCAAAAAAUGGAUAUUAUCAAUUCGCGUUUAAUGUCAAUUCAAACUCCAAAGUGUAUUACAAGAACACCGAGGAGUUUGAAAGAUAUUCGGCUAUGGAAAGCCUCCGAGUGGAGGUCAUGGACGAUUUUGUAUUCGUUAGUUUGUUUGCGUGACGUAUUAUCAAAAAAAUAUAGACAUCAUUUGGCUCUAUUUGUGUCAGCAUUGAACAUACUCUUGCAAAAAUCUAUUAACUCCGAAAUGUUAGAAACUGCACAUAAUUUACUUAUAAAGUUUGUCGUUCAGUUUCAAAGCUAUUUUGGGAAACAAGAGAUGUCCUAUAAUGUGCACCUCCUUCUUCACCUAUGUCGAAGUGUUCGCAAUUGGGGUCCUUUGUGGGCACACAACACUUUUGGAUUUGAAAAUGAAAAUAGGAUACUUUUAAAUCUACAAACCAGCCCUGCUCGCGUUGCUGUGCAAGUUGCAUCCCGAUUAUUAAUUUAUCAAAGUAUUCCUAUUUUUGAAAAGUCAUUAGUCAUUAGUAAAGCAAUUCGUCAAUUUUGUGAUGAAUUAUGUACAAGUAAAUACCGAGUGCAAAACGUUUAUCGAAACAAAAAUUAUGUCAUGAUAGGUACAGGAGUUCCGUACACUUUACUUCCCGAAGAGCAAGAAUGUUUGGGACAGAUACGAGUACGAGAAUGUUUUACAUUUAAAAAAAUUGUAUGUGGUGGUAUCAGAUAUACAAUCGCAGCAUAUGGACAUUCAAAGAAAAAGAACGACUCUGUAGUCGAAAAUAUAAAUGGGGAAAUUGGUAUAAUCACUAACAUCUGUAAAAUACGCAAUGACGAUGGACGGUUAUCAGAUAUAUUAUUUACUCGCAAAGUGAUGCUUGAAAGUGAUGGACUAAUUUUGACCACAAAUGUAAAAAUUAAUCAUAUUAAAAAAUGUAAUUUAAACGACGGUACAUUAUUUAUACAGAAACCUGAAAAUAUAAAAAGACCAUGCGUAAUUUUAAAUUGUAAUAGUACUUUCGUUUGCACGAUUCCAUAUGGAUGUCUCGGUGAUUAAAUUAUAAAAUAAUAAAUAUGUUAUAUGACAUUAA